CAUUUUUAUGGCAUUUUUUGUAAGGAGGCUACAGUACUUGAGAGGACGCAUCUUCAUCAGGAGUCAGUCUUGGAGGCCACUCCAUAGGUGAAGACUACUAACCAUAGCAAACUGACAGCAACUCUGGUAGCUCAAUUCAGCCAUGGCAGACACAGAACUGGGCAACAUGACCUUCAAAGGGCUGGAAAAGAUCGAACCAGAAAAGGCGCCGAAGCCUCACUGGUUUGAGGUGUAUGUCCAGCCGUGCGUGGCGGAGCUGGUGGGCACCGGGCUCUUUGUGUUUGCCGGUUGCCUUUCCGUCAUUGAGAAUUCUCCAAACACAGGAAGCCUCCAGCCGGCCCUGGCCCAUGGACUUGCCCUCGGACUGACCAUCGCCAUCCUUGGUGGCAUCAGCGGUGGACAUUUUAACCCUGCGGUUUCCUUGGGCGUCUUAAUUAUUGGAGGACUCGAUAUUGUACUGGUGGUGCCAUACUGGGUUUCCCAACUCUGCGGAGGGAUGAUUGGAGCAGGACUCGCCAAGGCUUUGACGUUGGAGGAGACGUACUUCAAUUCAGGUGGAGCGACGUUCGAUGUCGUAAUCAGCGACAGCCAGGUUGCACGCGCCCUCGGAGCUGAAAUAGUCAUGACGUACUUCUUGGUGUUUGCUGUCUGCAUGGGGGCCGUCAAUAAGAAGACCACCACUCCUCUGGCCCCCUUCUGCAUCGGCUUCACCGUGACGGUGGACAUCUUGGCUGGGGGGGCCAUUUCCGGAGCCUGUAUGAACCCCGCCAGAGCCUUCGGUCCAGCGGUGGUGGCCAACUACUGGGCGUAUCACUGGAUCUACUGGGUUGGACCCAUGAUUGGUGGUCUGCUAGUUGGAGGAAUUAUAAGGUUACUCCUUGGAGACGCCAAAAUCCGCCUCUUUCUGAAAUGACGCCAUUCGAAGAGUCUCCCCACUGACUUCUGGGCCAAUCCUGCACCGCCAGCAGAGGGCGCAGUUUCCACAUUCACUUCCGCAGAACUGGAGACCUGGAUUCCGAGUCAUGAGCUUUCCCAGAUGGCUACAAGUACAUGGAGAGAGGAUCCCGCAGACCCCUCUCUCAGCCAAACUGCACCAAACCAUUGCCAGGAAUCGAAAAGUGACACCGAUGAGGCGCGGUCUCUACUGACACCUCCGGCCCAACAGUGCCGCCACCAAGGGAGGCUCUAACGUACAUUGCUCCAGAACCUUAUAAUCCUCUUUUUAUACAAAGCGACUUCUUGAGGUUCAAAGGAUUCUGGGAUUGCUUUGCUUGAGGCAAGCACAGUGCUAUAUAGCAGUAUGCGCGUCAUAAGAAGCUAGUGCUCACAGUAGCGUCUUUACUAUAUUCCUGAGUCAUUUUAACCACCGUGUGGUUUUCCUUUUUUCUUUUUAUUGCUUGUAUCCUUCCUUUUCUGUCAUUUUAUGCUUUAUUUUGCGCCUUGUCUGCAGGGUCACUUGGAUAAGCUACAGGAAAGUCAAAUGGCAGCCCCUUAUCUCCGAUCAGAACCCUGUUUGCUUGGACAUUCGUAUUUAGCUGCUGCGGAAUUGGAUUGAAUAUAAUGCGACAGCUGGGGCGCUGAAAAGAUACUGAAUUCAGAAA